AUGAAGCAGGCGACCGCCAUCAAUAAACUAGACAAGAUUCAAAGACUUGCAUACUCUAUUCUUCUCCUCCUAUCGCUACCCGUAUUGGCCGGGACAAUUACUUUGCUCUUAACCGAUCGUAAUUUAAAUACUUCUCUCUUUGAUCCUUCGAGUGGAGGAGACCUUGUUCUUUACCAACAUAUAUUUUGAUUCUUUGGUCAUCCUGAAGUUUAUAUUCUUAUUCUUCCUGGAUUUGGGAUACUUUCCAGAUUAUUAGUCAAAAAAGAAGCUUUUGAAACAUUAGGAAUAAUUUAUGCUAUAAUAGCAAUUGGACUUUUAGGUUUCAUUGUUUGAGCUCAUCACAUAUUUACUAUUGGAAUAGACGUAGAUACACGAGCUUAUUUUACUUCUGCAACAAUAAUUAUUGUUGUACCUACUGGAAUCAAGAUUUUUAGAUAAUUAUCUACUUUCCAUGGUACACAAAUUCUUAAUAAUCCAGCUACUCUUUGAUCUCUUGGAUUUGUAUUUCUUUUUACUGGUACAGGAUUGACUGGUGUCAUUUCAACUAAUUCUUCUAUUGGUAUUAUCCUUCAUGAUACAUAUUAUGUUGUUGCUCAUUUUCAUUAUGUUUCAUCAAUUGGGGUUGUAUUUGCUAGAACAUUGAUUUUCUUUAUGCACAGGAUUAACUUUCUAUAUUUCUUCACUAUAUUUAUCGGUGUUAAUUUAACCUAUUUUCUUCAACGCUUCUCAGUAACUAGACUCAAACGACUCGCUAAUACAAGAGGCUAA